CUUUCCUCGUUCAAAGAACGUUGCCUUUGCCCGAUUAAAACUGGUCUGGUUAGGUGAUUAUUGAUAGCGCAAUGCGAUUUGAAUAUCGCGUUGCAUUCGCGAGUAUUUAAACUUGCUGUCUCGAUCGCUGCUCGCAUUUGUUCAGUGAUACUUCAACAAGAUGGAGCUUAAACGAGCGCGUUACAUUUUCGUUUCGAGCUUUCUGAUACUUGUCCUUUUGGACGUGGCAAUUGGAGGGAUUUUAUUUAGACCGGAAGUGGUGAACGUUAACGAUGACGCGUGCAGGGAGAACGAAGUUUACAGUCCAUGCCAGGCGGAUCAUUUUUGCGAAAAGAAUUGCGACAACAUCGACAUUUGGGAAUCGGUGCCCUGUAUCCAAACGAAGAACUGCGUGAGUGGUUGCAUCUGCGAAGAGGGAUACGUGCGAGAUAAAAGCGUAGGCGUUUGUGUUUUGGAAAACAGCUGUCCUAGAGUUAGGCAUUGAUUCUAAACGCUUGAAUAUUCGUUCUGUGUCAUAUAUGAAAAAUACGAACGGAAUAUAUA